CAGCGGCAAUUCAAAGAGGACAGUCAUUUGGAACAAUGACAGAGCUUGGGGCACACGAAUGCAUCUCAUAGUCAUACCAACUCAACUCAACCAUCUUCUUUAGGGUUCUUCUCCAUUUCGUAUCUGUCUCUCCUUUUUCAGAUCGAUUACUUUUUCUAUUUCAGGGCUUUUUGUUUCUUCUCCAGACCAAAUCUUCUGGUUACAGCCAUAGCUUCAUCUGUUUUGUGAAGAUAAUGUUGUCGAAAGUUGAAGCUGGGAAAAAAAUUGGUGAAGACUCAGGCAGCGGGAAAUUGCUGAAUGAGAUUGAAGCUAUAAGUAAAGCUCUAUACAUUGACAAACACACGUCUAGGAGUUUGAUUCCUCGGCCGAAUUAUGGAAUCAAGUAUGGCGGAAAAACCCACCUACCCGAUACGAAUUCGAGUAUGAAACAUGCCAUUGAAGAGCCAUCUCGGAAGGAGAAGAAGUCCAUUUGGAAUUGGAAGCCAUUGAAGGCAUUUUCCCAUAUCCGAAACCGUAGAUUCAACUGUUGUUUUUCUCUUCAAGUGCAUUCAAUCGAAGGCUUGCCUUCGAAUUUUGACGAUGUUAGUCUUUGCGUGCACUGGAAGAGGAGGGAUGGGGAUUUGGUUACUCGACCUGUGAAGGUUUCUCAAGGCACGGUGGAGUUUGAAGAGAGGUUGACUAUUACUUGCUCCGUCUAUGGUAGUAGGAGUGGACCCCAUCAUUCGGCAAAGUAUGAGGCAAAGCAUUUUUUGCUAUAUGCUUCUGUGUAUGGUGCACAUGAAAUUGAUCUGGGUAAGCAUCGGAUUGAUCUAACAAAGCUGCUUCCUCUGACUCUAGAGGAGUUAGAAGAGGAGAGUAGUUCUGGAAAAUGGACAACUAGUUAUAAAUUAUCUGGAAAGGCUAAAGGUGCUACUAUGAAUGUUAGUUUUGGGUAUACUGUUGUUGGGGAUAAUUUAGGUGCACCCGGAAAUAGAUCUACUGCUCUUGACAUGUUGAAUAUGAGACAGAACAAUCUAAGCAUGGUGAAAUCAGGGAAUAAAUUUCGUCAAGUUGAUGGAAGGGGAAGGGUAAGGCGUUCAGAUAGUCUUCCCAAUAUAUCCCAAAGGCAGCUUCAUGCUGUAGAGGAUAUAAAGGAUCUUCAUGAAGUUUUGCCGGUGUCAAGGUCGGAACUUGCCAGUUCAGUAGAUGUUCUGUACAAGAAAUUGGAAGAAGAGACUUUGGAUAAACCAUUUGUUCAAAAACCUGAGUUUGUUGGGUUGACCGAGCACCUUGAGCCCGUAAAACCAGAUUCCUACCCAGCUGUUGAUUCUGGUAAAGGAGAUGUUGAUAAUGGCUGUGGUGAGAACGAUUUUUCUGUUAUUGAACAGGGAGUAGAAUUGUCAUCAGUGGAACCAGGGAAUACAGAGGAAGUUAUUGUUGAAACUGCUAAUGUGUCUCCACAAGUAAGUCGUGAUGUUGUAGAAGUUGAGACCGAUGUUCAGGUAGAUAUUGAAGAGGACACUAAAAUUUGUUCUCAGGAUGAGGAAGAUAGCUGUAAUAAAGACGAGCUUGAGGUACAGGACUGUAUUUCUGAGCAGGGCGACACAUAUACGAAAGAAUCACUUAUGAAAGAGUUGGAGUCAGCUUUGAAUGGUGUCUCAGAUUUGGAGGCUGCAGCGCUAGACUCUCCUGGAGAGGAAGAAAACUAUGAGGAUAUUAAAUUGGACUUUGAAAGUGAUAUGAAAGGGAAAUCACUUAGCUUGGAUGACUUGACAGAAUCCGUUGCAAAUGACUUCUUAGACAUGCUAGGGAUAGAGGGUAGUCCAUCUGGCUUGAGUUCAGGAAGUGAGCCUGAAUCACCAAGAGAGCGCCUGUUAAGACAAUUUGAAAAGGAGGCUCUUGCUGGGGGUUGUCCUUUGUUUGGUUUCGACUUAGAAAGUGAGGACCAAGCAGAGCCCAGCUACAGUGAUACAACAGGGAUGGGGUGGAGUAACUCGACCGAAGAUGAAUUUUCAUCAAUUAUUCAAGCUGCUGAAGAGGAGCAUAUCUUAGCAAGUCAGGCGGAAAUGAGCAAAAACAAAGCAAAGAUUUUGGAAGACUUAGAGGCAGAAGCCCUGAUGCGAGAGUGGGGCUUAAAUGAGAGAGCUUUCCAGCAUUCUCCACCAAAAAGCUCUGCUGGUUUUGGAAGUCCAAUUAAUUUACCUCCAGAAGGGCCACCUGAAUUGCCUCCUUUGGGAGAAGGUUUAGGCCCUUUUCUUCAGACUAAAGAUGGAGGGUUCUUGCGGUCUAUGACUCCCUCGCAUUUUACAAAUGCUAAAAAUAGUGGGAACUUGGUUAUGCAGGUUUCUAGCCCUGUCGUGGUUCCAGCAGAUAUGGGUUGUGGUAUAAUGGAGAUCUUACAGCGUUUGGCAUCUAUUGGAAUUGAAAAGCUUUCAAUGCAGGCAAAUAAGUUAAUGCCUUUAGAAGAUAUUACUGGUAAGACAAUGCAACAAGUAGCAUGGGAAGCUGUGCCCAGUUUGGAGGGGCCUCAAAGCGAAUGUUUGAUGCAGCAUGAGCCAAUGGUCGGCCUUGAUAACUUUGCUAGCCAGGUGAGUGACGAAAGAUCAUCACGGCUGAAGUCUAGUAAGACUACUCCCAGUUCAGGAGGUAGUGAGACUGGCUCGGAAUAUGUGUCUUUAGAAGAUCUUGCUCCGCUGGCUAUGGAUAAGAUAGAAGCACUUUCAAUUGAGGGCUUGAGAAUACAGUCCGGGAUGUCUGAUGAGGAAGCUCCUUCAAAUAUCAACGCACAGUCCAUUGGGGAAAUUUCAGCUCUACAGGGUAAGGGGAUUAACCCUUGUGGAUCCCUUGGCUUGGAGGGAACUGGUGGGUUGCAAUUGUUGGACAUAAAAGAAAGCAGCGAUGAUGUUGAUGGAAUAAUGGGGCUAUCACUUACUCUUGAUGAAUGGAUGCGAUUGGAUUCCGGUGAGCUUGAUGAUGAUGAAAAUCAAAUCAGCGAGCGUACUUCUAAAAUUCUUGCAGCUCAUCAUGCUCACUCUCUGGACUUCAUUCGUGGAGGGACAAAAGGAGAGAGAAGAAAAGGCAAAGGAUCUGGCAGAAAGUGUGGUCUAUUAGGGAACAAUUUUACAGUAGCAUUAAUGGUGCAACUUCGCGAUCCAAUGAGAAACUACGAGCCAGUAGGAACGCCAAUGCUGUCGCUUAUUCAAGUAGAGAGAGUUUUCAUUCCACCAAAGCCUAAAAUAUACAGCACGGUUUCUGAGCUAAGGAAAUAUACCGAAGAGGACGACGAUGAGGCUGCAUUAGCAGUAGCAGUGAAGGAGAAAAUUAAAGAGGAGCCAAAAGAGGAGAAAGUUCCUGAAGAGGAAGGUAUUCCUCAGUAUAAAAUCACCGAGGUCCAUGUUGCAGGUCUGAAAACUGAGCCUGGCAAGAAGAAACUCUGGGGUAAUUCGACCCAGCAACAGUCCGGAUCACGCUGGUUGGUUGCUAAUGGAAUGGGAAAAAGCAAUAAGAAUCCAUUCUUGAAGUCGAAGCCUGCUGCGAAAUCUAAUGUUUCCAAAUCCAAAGCCCCAGAAGCAACCACAAAAGUUCAACCUGGUGAGACCUUGUGGAGCAUCUCGUCUCGCAUUCAUGGGACUGGAUCGAAAUGGAAGGAAUUGGCAGCUCUAAAUCCACAUAUAAGGAACCCCAAUGUUAUUUUCCCCAAUGAAACUAUCAAGUUGCGCUGAGUAGAUGAAAUGUGAGUCUCAUUGUUUAGUGGGAAAUGGAAAAUUAUGUGUACAAGCUUAAUCCCUAUGCCAGACAAAAGGUCUGAGUUUGUGUUUGUUGGGGGUUCUAUUCAUUUUCUUAAUGGAACAACCAAUCAACAAAUAUUAGGCAAUUGAUUAGUAUAGACAAAAUGGUUUUCGAUGUUUUUUUUCUUUUGUAAAUCCACAUGUUCUUCUCCUGUAAUCAAGUACUGUAUGCGUGCAAUUGUAAUUGAUGUCCUAUCGGAGGAAUGGAAAAUUUGCACUUCACGAUUCAUAAUA